UCAAACUCUGACUGAACUUUCUUCAGUGGAGCCUGUGCGUCACUCUCCGGUAACCUGGCUCGGAAAAACCACAGCGCUGCUCGACUGACUCCGAAACACGAACAAUGGGUUGGCAGGAGCGAGGAUGGCUCGUCUCUGCGACUUUUCUCGGAUUUGUGGCCUCGGUGCAGACCAUAACGCGGGGCGAGCUUUUCGCCUUCGGUCCAAGCGCAAGAGAUCAGUCACUGGAAGCGGGGAAUGACCAGACGCACCGACUUGAUCUGCACAAGCCAGUGUUAUUUUAUGAUGGCACUUUCGACAGCAUCUUUAUCAACACCAAUGGUUUUGUUGCCACAGCAGAGCCAACAAGCGAGUCGACAUAUCUUGGCAAAAUGCCCCCAAAGUUUGGCAUGAUUGCGGCCCUGCAAGGAGACCUGGACACAAGUGAUGGUGUGGGGAAAGUUUUUUUCCGUCAAGACUCCAGUCCCGAUGUUCUGCGUCAGGCAGCCGAGCACCUCAACAGAGCCUUCCCUGAGGACGAUGAAGUCAAUCCCACCCAUGCUGUGGUGAUCACCUGGGUUGAUGUCGCCACCCACGAACCUCAAAGCAGAGGAGACGGUAUCAACAAGAAGAGAAACACCUUCCAGUUGGUUAUUGCUUCCCUAGAGACAGUCUCGUAUGCUAUUGUCCUGUAUACAAGGGAUGGGAUACAGUUUUCCUCCACGCCUGCAGAAGACAGUAGUGCAAUCAUGCAUGCUGGCUUCAGUAAGGGUUUGGUCCAGGGUUUCCUGUUUUCCAAUCAGGGACCGUACUACCGCACCACCACUGAUGACGAGGCAUCCGUUAGGGCGUUAGCAGAGAAGACCAACUCUGGCCUGCGGGGUGUAUGGGUGUACGAGAUUGGAACUUCUCCCUAUUUUACCAACGUGGCUCCAGGUGAGGUCUCUGACCUGCCCGCUGAGGCCACACCAAAUGGGGCCCCUGAUGGCUAUGAUGACGCCACUGAUGCAGGGAGGCCUGUGUAUACUGAUGGACAGCAAGUACGGUACCCUCCUUAUGAGCCAGAAGGGGGGCAGAUCGAAGUCCACCCAGUUCAGUACCAGCCACAUCAGCCUGAGAACCCAGAAGUGGUGGUGGUGGUGGACGACACAGAUAUAAAUGUAGAUGUGUUCUCAUACAACUUUGGGACAUGUGCAAACAACAGGAAUAAGUGCUCCCAGUUUGCUGACUGCAAGGACUAUUCCAGUGGAUACUGCUGCCACUGCCGGCCAGGCUUCUAUGGAAAUGGGAUACAGUGCGUGGCAGAGGGAAAGCCACAGAGGAUGAAUGGUAAAGUGCAUGGAAAAGUGUAUGUGGGAAACUCUCCUUCUCCAGUAGAGUUCACCAGCAACGAUCUCCACUCAUAUGUUGUGGUAAAUGAUGGCCGAUCCUAUGUCGCCAUCAGUGACAUACCGUACACUCUCGGGCCCUCACUGCAGCCCCUGUCGGCCCUUGGUGGUGUGAUUGGGUGGGCCUUUGCUCUGGAGCAGCCUGGCUUCAAGAAUGGCUUCAGUAUUAUUGGAGGGGAGUUCACACGGCAAGCUGAGGUGACCUUUCUACCAGGGAAUGAGAAGCUGACCAUAAGGCAGGAGUUCAAAGGCAUCGAUGAGCACGACCACCUGGUGGUGAGCACCACCCUGGAAGGCCGGGUCCCUGAGGUGCCUCGCGGAUCCACUGUACAGAUCGACCCUUACUCUGAGAUCUACCAGUACAGCAGCAACUUGAUCACCUCAUCCUCCACUCGGGACUACGUCGUGAGCUUGCCUGAUGGCUCCACUGACACCAGGACGUAUCAGUGGCGUCAGACCAUCACCUUUCAGAGCUGCCAGCAUGGCGAGUCUUCAAGAGAUAUGAAACCUACCCAGAUGCUCAGUGUGGACCAGGUCUUUGUCAUGUACGACGCUAAUAAUGAACUCAUCCGGUUUGCCAUGAGCAACAAGAUCGGGGAUAUCAACGGAGGGCAGCCAGAAGAGAACCCAUGUUUCACUGGAAGACAUGGCUGUGACACCAACGCUGUUUGCCGACCUGGACAGGGAAACCAGUUCACCUGCCAGUGUGCAGCUGGCUUCAAUGGUGAUGGCCGCAUAUGUUAUGACAUUGAUGAGUGCAGAGAGGAUUCUCAGAUCUGUGGCUUCCAUGCUAUAUGCAACAACCAGCCUGGGACCUUCCGCUGUGAAUGUCAAGAUGGAUAUCAGUUUGACAGUGAUGGGCAGACCUGCAUUGAGGUUAACCGGCCUGUUGACGCCUGUGAAGAAGGCACCCAUACCUGUGACAUUCCUGAGCGUGCUCAGUGCAGCUACACUGGAGGCUCGUCCUACAUCUGCUCCUGCCUGCCAGGGUUCAUAGGAGAUGGUAGAAUCUGCCAAGACAUAGAUGAGUGCCAGCCAGGCAGGUGCCAUCAGGACGCUGUGUGUUAUAACACCCAGGGAUCAUUUACCUGCCAGUGUAGGCCAGGUUACCAUGGCGAUGGCUUCUACUGCUCUCCAAAGAGGACAAAAACACACUGUGAGAUCCAAAGAGACAGUCUCCUGGGUGUGACAGAAUUUGGUCCACGAGGCCCCCGGCUUCCCGUUGGACAGUACAUCCCUACAUGUGACGAGAAUGGUGCCUAUGAACCAAUGCAGUGCCAUGGCAGCACGGGACACUGCUGGUGCGUGGACCGAAAUGGACAGGAGAUCCCAGGGACUCGCUCUGGACCUGGCAGCAGACCAAUGUGUAUUGACCAUGGUGGAGUGCCACCACCUAUCGGACCCACCCCUCGACCCGAUGUCCACCCCCUGCCUCCAGGAACACACCUGUUGUUUGCCCAGAGUGGAAGGAUAGAGCACGUCCCGCUGGAAGGUUACGAUAUGAAAAAGGAUGAUGCCAAGGCUGUCCUUCAUCUCCCUGAGAAGGUAAUCAUUGGAGUGGCCUAUGACUGUGUAGAGAAAAUGGUCUACUGGACAGAAAUCACAUCUCCCUCAAUCAGCAAGGCCAACAUCCAGGGGGGAGAGCCUGUUGCAGUCAUUAGAUCAGAUUUGGAUAGCCCAGAGGGUAUCGCCAUCGACCACCUGGGGCGAACUAUGUUCUGGACAGACUCUGUGAAGGAUCACAUUGAGGUUGCCUCUCUGGACGGGACUCAGCGUCGUGUCAUUAUAGACUCUGAUCUCGUCAACCCCCGUGCUAUUAUCACUGACCCUCCCAAUGGUAAUCUAUACUGGUCUGACUGGAACCGUGACGCUCCCAAGAUUGAGACCUCUCACAUGGAUGGAUCCAACAGAAGGGUGCUGGUUAAAGACGAUCUUGGCCUGCCAAAUGGCUUGACUUUUGACUCUCAGAGCUCUCUGCUUUGUUGGGCAGAUGCAGGCACACAUAAAAUGGAAUGCAUCCAUCCUGGCCGGGGUGACCGCAGAAAGAUUAUGGAGGGGAUUCAGUACCCUUUUGGAAUUACUUCUUUUGGGAAGAACAUCUACUACACUGACUGGCGGAGGGAUGCAGUGGUUGCAGUAGAUCGCUAUGCUGGCAGGGAGUCAGACGAGUUCCAGCCUCAGAAACGGACCAAGUUAUAUGGGAUCACCACAGCCUAUGCCCAGUGUCCUUCAGGACAAAACUACUGUGCUGUGAACAACGGGGGCUGCACCCACCUCUGUUUAGCAACACCGACCGGCCGCUCCUGCAAGUGUCCUGACAACGCAGUGGGUGUGGGCUGCGUGGAGAGAGACAGCGGGUACUGAAAUUAGGCAGCUGAGAGAUGACACUGUUUGGAUGGUUGACCGCAAAUUAGGAGCCACUCAGCAUUACUAAACUAUAGCUGCUGAAAAUGCCACUGAAAACCAGAGGUGAACUUACUGUGCCUUUUUAUUGCUCAGUGUUACGCUUAUCUACAUUUUUUACAUUUCCCAAUGCCUUUAUAAAAUCACAUUUGCCUUUAAGAAUUGUAAAUAUAAACACUAUUAUGUUGACUUCUUUCCUGAGUGCACAUAAACUGAGAACAAAGCUCAAGGGAUAUAUAAUUUAAUGUGAAAUUCAUCACAGCAAUGUGUGACAUCAUCUCAUGUCAGUUGUGUUACACUGUGGCAUGUUUGGAUUAUCCCAUAGGUUAUCUCAUGGAAGUAUUAAUGAGGAGUAGGACUACAAGUGUCUGUACAAGCUGGUGGGAUGAGUUUACAUGCUGGGCAACAAAAGAAUAAACAUUUUUCUAACA